AUAAGAUUUGCACUUGCAGUAAAAAUGGCAUUCGUCAACAUUGCCAUUUGGAAACCAGAACAAGUGGCAGAAUGGCUCAAAGGCCUAGACGAUGCCAUGCUGCCAUACUACCAUUUCUUCCUGAAUGAGUCCAUUGAUGGCAAGCAUCUGAUGUCACUGACCUAUGAUGACUUAGACAGAAUAGGCAUUACCAAGAUUGGUCACCAAGAAAUGAUUUUAGAGGCAACAAAUUUGUUGGCAUCUCUGCACUAUUCCUUGGAGUCAGAGCACCUGCAGUCACUGGCCCUCAAACUUGGAGGCAAGGCUAGACUGGUCCAUAAUCACUUGAGAAUGAACAUAUCAUUGAGGUCCUCAGUCAAUGGCAGUGUCCAUCCUGACUACCUCCCAACUGAUGUCCUCUCUGAUAUCUCUCAUGUUGUGACAACACUGAAAACUAUGGUGUCAUGGCUUGAUAGGUGA